CUCUGGCCAAUGUUGCCGGACUGCUCAAGGCGUUGACAUGUAAAUUAUCGAUGUGUCCGCAUGUCUGGCAACCAUCUGAAACAGCCGCAUUUACUAUUGUUUUUAUUUCCCGCAAAUAAUUGCAAGUAAUAUUAAUUUAAAAUGAACAAGGACAAUUCCAGCAUGCAGAUGGACCCUCAGCUGGCGCUGCGCCUGCUAGCCGAUGGUGGUGUCCUGGCCAUCGCAGGUGUGCCCGAGGGCACGGAAUUUGGCAUUGAUUUGUGCGCCUACACAAUUGGUCCUGAUUUCAGGGGCGUCAAGAUGAUUCCGCCUGGUGUCCACUACGUGUGGUGCUCCUCCCGUGGUCCCUAUGGCGAUGCGGCUCCUCGUGUUGGCUUCGUACACUUCUUUCAUCAAAACGAGAUUGUAGUGCGCGAAUGGGACCACGAUCUGGAGGAACUUCGUCCGCGACAGAUCGCAGAACCGGAGGUGGAGCGAGACAGAAUACGAAAGAACUUGGCCCAACUGGAGCGGGUUCUCGCCCCCUACGACUACCGAUAUGUGGUCCAAUGGAAGGAGCUCACCGGCAGCGUGACGGAGCCGUGCGUGGAGCGUUGUCGUCCGGCCAAAGGAACCAUUCGCACAAACAUCGAACUACAGUCCUGCCCAGAUGCAGAUCGACCCAGGGGAGGAGCGGGAACAAGCAGUAUCAGUCGGCGGAAUGCUGCCGCCCGUUUGCUGUUGGAUGAAAGCGAACUCCUACCCGACUUGAAACCCGUAGAGGGAACUGCUCCCCGCUUUAGUAGCGUUCCUCAGCGUGUUCCGCAUGAUGCCCCGCCCGCAGAUGUCUCCAGGCACGCGAUGGAUUGCAUAGAAGCUGUGGACAAGGUGCUCGAAGGCUUCGACUCCGCCGACGGACUUGUUGAAGAACUGCAGCUGGCCUACGUAUUUUUCCUAGUGGGCUACUCUGUGGAGUCUCUAGCCCACUGGCGUAAGCUUCUCGGCCUGCUGGCCCACUCGGAAUCGGCGGUCACCAAACACAAACUGGCGUACAUGAAGUACAGCGAGGUACUGGCCCAUCAGCUGCCUCAUUUGCCCGAGGAGCUCAUGGUGCCCAGUCCUCACAAUACCGUCUACAAAGAUGUACGCGAACUGCUGGUCAAUCUGCAUGCGGGUGGUUUAAGUGUCAGCGCCGACCGACUGACCAAGCGACUCGAGAAAAAAUUGGGAUGGGCCUUUGAGGGCCUGCUGGACGAGGAUCCCGAGAACCAACCCGUGGUUAUCGAACUUCCGGAGCCGUAGGGAAACAGCACUAAGAGCAUCGCAGCGAAUGCUGGGUGCGCAAAUAGUUCCACAGAUCCCGGGCCGUGCGGAUGCUGACCAUGAAUUGGCAUAGCUUGGUCUCAAUCAGGCAGAGAAUCAAGAACUUGGCUCGCUUGUCCUUCAGCAGUGACUGCAACGACAAUGCGGCAUGGGAACGUAUUUUCUGAGUACCUGUGUGAACCACUCACCUCCUC